CAGUGGCGUGCGUGACUACGCACGUACGUACGUGAGUCACUGCGUCAUCCUUUACGUCCUCCUCGUGCACUGUGUUGAUUAGCGCGCAGUUCUCUUUGCGCGCGGUGUUGGUUUAACCUGUAGGUUUUCGAUUUUCUCCAGUCGCCAUCAUGUCUUCAGAUCCUAGUAGUUAUGGUGGCUAUGGAGGAGGUCAGCAGCAACAAAGCUAUCCUGGAUAUGGGAAUCAAGGCAACCAGAAUUCUGGACAGCCAUCACAAGUUUAUUCUGGCUAUGGGCAGACAGCAGAACAGUCAUCCUAUGGAGACUACAGUUCUGGCUAUGGACAAAGUCAUCCAGGUUAUGGGCAGCCAGUACAAGGCCAGAGCAGCUCUGGCCAUGAUAACCAACAAUCCUAUGGAAGUUAUGGACAGCAGGGUCCAGAUUCAAGAGGCGGGAACAGUGGAAUAUCUGAAACCCAAUCAAGUGGGCAGCAAUAUCCACAACAAGCCGCUUAUGACCAGCAAGCAUCCGGUCAGAAGCAGCGAUUGGGCUAUGCAGAGACACCGCAACAAGGAUCCUAUGACCAGCCUGGAUAUGGUCAGAAACCCCAACUACAGCAAGGAUCAUAUGACCAGCCUGGAUAUGGUCAGAAGCCACGACCAGUGUAUGGGGAGCAAUCACAGCAAGGACGUUCUGACCAGACUGUGGUAUGUGAACAGCAGCAAUCUUACCAGUCACGGAAAGAAGGCUAUGGUCAUUCCUCUCAAGAAGAUGAUCGUCGGGACUCGGGCAGGUAUGGUGGUGAUAACAGAGGUUAUGGAGGAUCCCAGAGUUUUGGUGGUGGUCGAGGACGUGGUGGUUUCGACUCAGAGAGAAGGGGCUUCUCAGGUGGCAUGAGCGGUGGUGAUCGAGGUGGCUCCAAAAAUUUUGGUGGUCCCAGAGAUUUUGGAAGCAAACCAGAUAAUGAUGAUCAGGAUAACUCUGAUAAUAACACCAUAUUUGUCCAAGGCAUGGGUGAAGAUGUUUCACAAGAACAGAUUUCUGAAUUCUUCAAGCAGAUUGGCAUUAUUAAGACCAACAAAAAGACAGGCCAACCAAUGAUAAAUCUCUACACGGACAAAGAGACAGGCAAAUCGAAAGGUGAAGCCACAGUGUCCUUUGAUGAUCCCCCAUCAGCCAAAGCAGCAAUUGAAUGGUUUGAUGGUAAGAUGUUUCUUAGCAAUGUUAUUAAAGUUUCCUUUGCGACUCGGAGACCAGAGUUCAUGAGAGGAGGUGUUGGAGCAGCAGCAGGAGGAGGAGGAGGUGGAAGACGUGGAGGGGGUCACAGAGGUGGUGGCUUUGGAGGCCGUGGCUCUUUUAGAGGUGGCAGCAGUGGUCCUCAGAACGGUGACUGGGUUUGCCCAAAUCCUUCCUGUGGUAAUGUCAACUUUGCAAGGAGAGACUCUUGUAACCAGUGCAGUGAGCCCAGACCAGAAGAUUCAAGACAUGGUGGAGAUCGAGGUCGAGGUGGCUAUGGAGGGUUUAGAGGACGUGGAAGGGGAGGUGACAGAGGUGGUGGAUAUGGGGGUAAAAUGGGAGGCCGAAAUGACUUCAGAAGUGAUCAGCGUAACAGACCUUAUUGAAGCGCAUCUCGUCUCUUGCUUUACAAGUGACCUCCAUAUCUUUAGAAUUAUGUCUUGUGUAUUUGAUUUGUUUUGGUUUGACUUCCCCCUUAAAUGUGAGAACAGUUUUUUUUUUUUUCUUCUGUGUCCUAUAUUGUAACAGAUUUACAGAGCUCUGCCCCUAAUUUCAUCAAUUUGACCAAUGUGAAACUUGCCAAAAGAUGUUUUGUAAUACAAUAAAUACAAAUUGUUUUUA